UUUGUUAUAACGUCCAGGCAUGUAUAAAAACCAGCUGCAAGAAUUAGCUCAAAGAAGCUGUUUCAACCUGCCAUCUUAUGCUUGUAUUCGUGAAGGACCUGAUCAUGCACCUCGUUUCAAAGCUACUGUUAACUUCAAUGGAGAGAACUUUGAAAGUCCAACCUUCUGCACCACCCUGAGACAAGCAGAGCAUUCUGCAGCUGAGGUAGCACUCAACACGCUGUCAAAGAGGGGUCCCUCUAGAUUUCUAGCUGCAAGAGUGUUGGAUGAAACUGGAGUUUACAAGAAUCUCCUUCAAGAGACUUCCCACAGAGCUGGGUUAAACCUUCCUGUUUAUACAACCGUUCGAUCUGGGCCAGGUCAUGUUCCUGUAUUCUCAUGUACUGUUGAACUUGCUGGAAUGAGCUUUACAGGAGAAACAGCUAAGACCAAGAAGCAAGCACAGAAAAAUGCUGCUAUGGCUGCUUGGUCUGCCUUGAAGCAAAUGUCCUACCAAGGCUCUUCUUCCUCUGCUUGGUUGGAGUCUGAAGGGAAUGAGGAACAGGAACAGGUUGUUGUGGCUCGCACCCUUGCUAGCUUGUGUCCAGCAGAGGCAAACAGAUCAACUCAAAAUGACCGGCAACGUGGGCGCCGGAGAACAGCUCCUUUUCGUAGGCUCACAAGGCCGGCUAGCACAAAUGUAGCAUUGUACUCAACGCAGUAUCAGAAUUGGAAUUAUUCUAAACCUGAAUUUGCAAUGUACCAAAUGUGGCCGCAAGAACAGGCUUCCCAGCAGCAGACCCGCCUGUUGACUGUUCCAGUAGCACCAAUUUCUCCACCUGGUCCUCGGAUUGUUCCAUUUAUUCAAUCUAUACUCCAGCCGGAACACGGGCAGUAUGUUCCUGUAAGGGAUCAAGAACCUAUCCACCCUGUGCCAGGAGCUACAAUGUCUAACUCAGGGCCGUCUUUAUUCUUUUCGAACCCUUUGAUGCCAGUUGCUGUUGGGAGUAGGUCCCAGGUAACAAAACAGGAGAUUCAGGUAGACAGAACACAAAUGGGUGAGGAAUGGCUUCAUGGUGAUGCAGAUGGUGAUGGCCGGAAAAUGAAUAUACAGUCAAAUGUCUCUGGAUUUUUUCCAUUUGAAGCUCCAAAUGCUCCUGUUUCUGGUGACAGCCGAGCAGAAGCAUUGCUCCAGGAGACAAAACAGGAGGUGGAUAAACAAAAGAAUGUUGAUUCAGAUCCCAGCAUCGUGCACACUGUACAACUGGAAGGGGGCCAGAGUGGACAUUUUGAAUGGACCGCUCAGGGAUACACAGAUGCUGGAUAUGGACUCAGAGCUACAAACCCCGGCCAAGCUGAGUUCCAUUUGCGUCAGUUGCAAGGUCUUGAUUUAUCUCAGUCUAGUCCUAGGCCACAUCAUCCCCCUCAAGUUUCUCCAAUGAUGGUCCGAGGUUUUAGAGUACCUUCGACUGAAGCUCCUGUGACGGUUAAAACUGUUGGGCCUGCAUCAUCAGUGAACCCCUCGAGUGCUCAGGUGCCUGCUCGAAUAGGGUUCAGGACUGCGGUUCCUGCAUGUUCGCCUAGACCUUGGCGAGGAGGGAUGAUGACUGGAAGAAUGCCUUCUAAUAUGAUGGCUCCGGCAGUUCAAAUCAGAUCAGUUGUCCCAGUCUGUGCAGCACCACCAGCAAAGAAAAUCCCAGAAGCUGGCAAGGAUGGAUUCUUAUCAAUUGCUGGUGAGGGGACUACCGAGCUAGAAGAUGUGAAGGUAGCGAGUUUGGAGCUGGGAAAGCUUCGAAUAUGAGCGGCAUAUAUAAUUUUUUGAAGUUAAUU